CAACGGCCCAUAUCAAACAGCGGGGCCUCUCUUCUGUACUAGUUCUGUUGGUUUAGGCCACCGCUCCGACCCUCACCCAAACCCUCGCUGCACUUCCCACCGUCGGCGGCGGCGGCGGCGACGACCACCCCACCGACCGCGCCGCGUUCGAACGUCGCAGGUCGCCGGAGGCGGCCGCCCUCCCAUCCCGCUCCGUGGAAUCUGAAGGUUCCUGCCAAAGCUUCUCAACUCGGUUGUAACCUUAGGAAGAGAGGUAGCAACAAUUGCAGUUGCCUGAUGGACGGGUCUAAAUCUAAUGCUGAGGAAGAUGACUAUCAUGUGAUAGGAGAUCUAAGAUCACCAAAGAUUCCAAGGAGAAGUCCUGAUGGUUCCAAGGAUCGGGAUUUUGAUAGGAGGGAGAGAGACGACAGGAAAGGUUGGGACUCUUCAAGAAGUGAAACUUCUGCAGACAGGGUUGAUACAAGAGAUGGUGGUUAUUCUUCUGACCAUAAUAAGCACGGCAGGGAGACAGAGAUGAUCCACGACCACGCAGAUGAGUCGGUUGGAAUUAGAAAAGGUGUAGACUCUAGUAGUUCAAGGGGCGGGAGAUCCGAUGAGGAUAUCAAUGAGAGGAGGGGAUCUGCGAUGGCUGAGAACAUCAAUGAAGAUAGCAGAUCAGUGGAUCAAAGUCAUCAAAAGGAAGAGAUUCUUGGGCAUACAGUGGAGUACGGACAUGAAAGCAAGGGUGGUGUGGAAAAAGUGGAGACGUCACCCAGAGUGGGUAACGAUGGAUGGGAGUCAUCAGGGGAUAGAAGGAACAGAGACGCUCCACCUUCACAAAUACCAGAUACACCAGACAGAGGGAAAGACAGCAGUUGGAAUGUGAAAACACAAGAGAUUGAAGGAUCUGAGCAGUACUCGAGGAGCCGUCAGUUGCGAGAUCCUAAAGAGGCAAAUGUCUCUGAAUGGAGGAGCACACAGGAAAGGUUAGAUGGUUCGAGUUUUCAUGGUCGAGCUGGGUAUCGGCAGGAUUCCAGGGGUAGAUCUGAGAGUUUCAGAGGUUCUUCAACCUAUGGAAAUCGGUAUGACAGGUCUGAUUCAAUAGAGAUCAGGCCAAAUAGCAAUUUUGAUUUUGGGCGAGAGGGCUCUGUUUCUGGAAGAAGAUCUGAUGUGGGAGCUCCUGGAACAACUGAUGAUAGUAGUACCAAUCAUCCUGAAGCAGAUCAAAGUGGUGGCACCAGCAUGGUUUCUCCAUUUACUCAGCAAGGGCCUAAAGGUGAUAGAUCCUCUAGAGGAAGGGGGAGGCCAAAUGGAAGGGAUUCUCAGAGAAUUGGAGUUCCCGUGCCACUUAUGCCGCCACCUUCAUUUGGUGCACUCACCCUGCCACCAGGGCAAAUGCAACAUAUGGGGCCAAAUAUUCCCCAUUCUCCAGGUCCUCCUCUUCUACCUGGUGUUUUCAUGCCGCCGUUUCCUGGACCUAUGGUGUGGCCUGGAGCAGGAGGUGUUGAUGUCAACAUGCUCUCUGUUCCACCUAACCUUCACAUCCCUCCUCCAGUUGCUGGCGAGCAUAGGUUCACUCCAAGUAUGGGAGCUGGACCUAUUCAUAAUGUUCACUUAAAUCAAAUGGGCCCAGGAAUGGGUACUCCAACGAAUAUGUCAGGAUUGGGUUUUAACCAGAUGAGCACACAAAAUCGUGAAAUGACACAUGAUAAGCCAUCUGGUGGUUGGGUGCCACAUAGGCAUGGUGCACCGAUCAGAAAGGCUCCUUCAAGGGGUGAACAGAAUGAUUACUCUCAGAACUUUGUGGACACUGGCAUGCGACCUCAAAACUUCAUUAGAGAACUAGAUCUUACAAGUGUAGCGGAGGACUAUCCAAAAUUGAGAGAACUCAUACAGAGGAAGGAUGAAAUUGUUACUAACGCUGCUUCACCACCGAUGUAUUUUAAGUGUGAUCUACGGCAACAUGUUCUUUCUCCAGAGUUUUUCGGUACAAAGUUUGAUGUUAUUCUUGUGGAUCCACCAUGGGAAGAGUAUGUUCAUCGUGCACCAGGAAUAACAGAUCAUAUUGAAUAUUGGAACGCUGAGGAGAUUAUGAAUUUGAAGAUUGAGGCUAUAGCUGAUACUCCCUCUUUUCUCUUCCUUUGGGUUGGUGAUGGCGUAGGUCUUGAACAGGGACGUCAAUGUUUGAAGAAGUGGGGAUUUCGUAGGUGUGAGGAUGUUUGCUGGGUGAAAACCAACAAGAAAAAUGCAUCAUCAGGUCUGCGGCAUGAUUCUCGUACAUUGUUGCAGCAUUCAAAGGAGCAUUGUUUGAUGGGUAUAAAAGGAACGGUACGCCGUAGCACUGAUGGUCAUGUCAUCCACGCGAAUAUUGAUACUGAUAUAAUAAUAGCUGAAGAACCCACUGAUGGUUCAACGAAGAAACCUGAUGACAUGUACAGGAUCAUUGAGCAUUUUGCUCUUGGAAAGAGGCGCCUCGAACUCUUUGGCGAGGAUCAUAACAUUCGGCCUGGCUGGCUUACUCUUGGGAAAGACUUGUCCUACUCCAACUUCAACAAAGAGGCGUAUAACAAGAACUUUGCGGACAGCGAUGGGAAGGUGUGGCAGGGAGGCGGCGGUCGGAACCCUCCCCCUGGUGCUCCGCACCUCAUCGUGACGACUCCGGAGAUUGAGGGGCUCAGGCCUAAGUCACCCCCGCCGAAGAACUGACAGCAUCUGCGCUAUUGGCGGAAAACCCCACUCCAUGGAGCUCGGUGCACCGUGAUCUGUUUUCAAGCUGCAGUGGUGGCUACAUUUAUUUUCCCAUAUUUGUAGCUAUUAUUUUACACCUUGUAGGUGGGGUUGAUCCGCUUGUCGUCGAAAAAAUGUACUGUACUGUAUGUCAGUGUCAUGGAUGAUGGAUGUUUUGAUGAAACGGCAGCAAUCAGAAUAAGAAGCUUACCUUUG